AUGUCUAACUCGUUUAAUAUUAACCCUUGGGAUCCUGUGAUUGAAAGUUAUGUUGAAGGCUUGAAUCUUGAUUAUGGAAACUUCGAUUUUCUUUCUAAUAGUUUUGAAGAAUCACAAAAACUUUUCGAUAGGGAUCCAGAAGGAUACAUGUCAAAAAGCUUUAGUUCAUAUUAUGGACAAACAUCUACUUUUGACUAUUCACUUUUCGGAAACACUGGAAAUUAUCUGGCAAAAAGUUUAAAUGCUUCUUCCUGCAAUUAUAAAUCUAAAGAAUUUCUUGAAAAUUCAAAUAUCAAUUUAAGCAAAAAAAAUUUAAUUAAAAUGGCUAAAAGUCCAGAUAAACGUGGAAAGUUGGAGACUAUUGUACAAAAUGCUACUCCUGAAGAAAUAAAAGCAUUAUGGAAUUUGAUAGGUGGUGAAUUCUAUUCUCUUUCUACCCAUAAAUAUGGUUGCCGUUUCAUUCAAACAUUAUUAAAAAAUGACAAAUAUUUCCCGAUUGAGCACAUAGAGAAACUAAAACAUGAACAAAUAUUUGAACUAAUUUCUUGUCCACAUGGUAACCAUGUGAUGCAACUUAUUACCAAUUGCAUGAGUUUUAUGGAUCUUCAUUUGAUUCUUGACAUUCUACUUACACAACCUGAUUUGAUAUUUAAAGCUGCUAAAAACCAAUGUGGUAGUCGUGUUAUUGAGUUAAUGGUAAAAAAAAUAUUACAUUUUUGUUCUGAUAAAAAUAAUGAUAAUGAGAUAGUAAGAAUAAGUGCUAUUGGAUUAGCUGAUAAAUUUCUGAGUAUUUUUAAACCUUACUCAAAACGAUUGAUGUGCGACAACUAUGGAAACUUUAUUGUUUCAUAUUUUGUUUCAUAUAUUUGUCCUGAAUUACAAGAGAAACAAAGACACUACUACGAUGUGGUUAUUGAAAAUAUUAUUGAAUUGUCACUAGACACCUAUGGAUCACGUAUUGUAGAAAAGGUUUUGACUUCAGAAAAUAGUGUAAUUGCUUUAUGCGCAUAUACAACAUUUGUUAAUAAUCUUGAAAAAGACAGGGAUCUUGUUGUCAAAUUUAUGGAACAUGGUAUUGGAAAUUAUGUUUUACAAAAAAUUCUUCAUGUUGGUGACGUAUUAUUUUAUGGAAAUAUUAAUUUUAAAAUUACUAAUAUAAUGAAAAAAGAAGCUCACGUUCUUGACAAAUUUUCAAAAGCUGGAAAUCUUUUAAAAUGGAUUUGUUAA